GUUGGCUGGACGCUCCUGUGAUGGUAAAAUUAGGUCUGAGCUGACUCGGGAGCAGUUUGACACCGAGCCCAGUCCUCAGUGAGAGUGAGAGCUCAGCACCGGCAGCUCCGGGGCUCUGCCGAAGCUGCCCCGAUGUCUCAGCCGACCGUCAAACCGGACCUCAAGGAAUCUUUAGAAGGAUAUCCAGGGGCUGAAACUGACAAUGAAGCCCAGCAGGAGGAGAUGUCCCGGAAAUAUAUCUUCCUCACCAUAUUCUCCUGUUUCUGUCCAUCUUAUCCCAUCAACAUCGUGGCGUUUGUCUUCUCAAUGAUGGCUCUACACAGUUACAAUGAGGGAGAUAUCGAUGGAGCCAAAAAGCUAGCACACAUGGCAACCCUGGUUGCCAUUGCAGCCAUUAUUGUUGGAUUAUUAAUUAUCGCAAUCUCUUGCAUCGUUCACUUCUCCGUGGUAGGCUCUGUUUGCUUUCUACCUUUUAACCUAAAAGCACUGCUGAUGUUUGGACGUUGA